UGGUAGCGGAGGGAGCACGCUACCCCUCCUGUUCUGGCUGGUGGGCCCAUCCCCUGCAACCGGAUCUGCCUGGCGCUCGCUGCUCUUCCAACCUUUCUCUCCUCUCCUCCCCAAGAAUUCUCACCUCCGGCCUCACGCUCGCAGCGAGAGAGAGACGAGCGGAGCGGCGGCCAUGGCGCGAGAGCUGAGCAAGGAGAACCUGGAGUUGGUCCUCAUGCAGGCCAUGAUGGCCGCCAAGAACGUGCGCACGCAGCGCGACCGCCUCCUGGAGCUCCACCGCCGCCUGGAGCGCCACCGGGCCGCCCCCGCCCCCACCCCUGCCGACGCCGAGGCCAGGCUCGGGCAGAUCGCCUCGGACGUCUUCAAGGUCUAUUACCUCGGCCUGGAUCCCGGCGCCAGGAUGCUCUCGGUCUGCCUCGACACCGCCGUCAAGAACCGCGCCGUCUCCGCCGUCAACAUCGCCUUCGCACUCCUGCCCGACGAGCAGCUCUACGACGCGCUGCUCGCGCAGAAGCUCCCGGCCCGCCCCACCACCCAGGCCCAGGCCAUCGCCCGCGUCGAGUCCGCCAUCUUGGCCGUCAAGAUGCUCGAGGAGCACCACCUCCCGCGCUGCGUCGAGUGCCUCGUCGGCGGCCAGGCCCCCGUCCCCGGCAAGCCCCGCGACCCGGUCGCCGCCGCCACCGAGAGCCUCGCCAAGGCCGAUCUGUCCGACGACCCGGACGCCACCGCCAAGACCCGUCACGUAGCCAGCGACGGCGACGUGGACAAGGCGCUCGACUACCUGUGCCGCGCAAACCGGAUCACGGCCCUCGCCAUCAAGCACAUCGACCUCGCCGUCGCCGUCCUCUCCCGCUUCCUCGACCGCAAGGAACUCGCCCGCCUCGCCAAGUUGACCGACCGUGGCGCCUACCUAGGAGUUGAGAUUAGCCAGCCCACUACUUCACCUGAUCCAUCGACGCUGUCGACAUGGGACUGAAGGGUGGUGGGAUCCCUUUUGAAGCUAUGCCCCUCUUAUCACUCAUUUAUGCAGACUUGUGGUUUCAGUUCAGUUUGGUCAGAUUUAUUCAGUGCUAUGCUACUACUAUCUGUGUUUAACUAAUUCCUGAGCGGCCGUGGCAAUAUAUAUUAGCUUCA